AACACAAGUAAGAGAAACAGCUUAAGAAGAUAGAGAGAAGGAGAGAGAUAUGGAGGUGGAGAAGCUAAGUGAUUUAGAUACUAAUAAGGAUGAUGAUGAUGUUCUACUUCCAGGAUUUCGAUUUCAUCCUACUGAUGAAGAACUUGUUGGGUUUUAUCUUCGGCGAAAAGUGGAGAAGAAACCUAUCAGUAUUGAACUCAUCAAACAGAUUGAUAUCUAUAAAUAUGAUCCAUGGGAUCUUCCAAAAGUUAGCACUGUGGGGGACAAGGAAUGGUACUUCUUUUGCAUUAGAGGAAGAAAAUAUAGAAACAGUAUAAGGCCUAAUAGAGUGACAGGGUCUGGAUUUUGGAAAGCAACUGGCAUCGAUAGACCAAUAUAUUGUGUCGGAGAAAACAAUGAUUGCAUUGGCCUCAAGAAAUCUCUAGUCUACUAUAGAGGAAGUGCAGGAAAAGGCGCCAAAACUGAUUGGAUGAUGCAUGAAUUUCGCCUUCCACCAAAUGGAAAUAGUGACAAAAAGCCAAAUCCUAAGAACAUUACUUAUGAAGCUGAAAUCUGGACACUUUGUCGAAUCUUCAAGAGAAAUGUUACUUAUAAGAAGUACACAGCAGAUUGGAGAGGAAACUCCAUCAUCAAUCAAAGCUCAACUGAUUCAAGUUCUCAAACAUGUAGCUCUGAGUCUGAAAAUAGAGAAAAGUGCAAAAACUAUGGAGUUGCUGUUACUCAACAGAUUGAGAAGAAGCCAACAAUUAAUCACUUUGAUGAAAGGAACCAGUUGUUCUCAACCCAGUUGAAUUCUAUAGCUCAAGCUCCAUUUACAACAUUGUAUUCAAGCUUUCCCAAUGGCAAUGGAAAUGAUUUCUUAAAAGAAGGAAAUUGGGAUGAACUUGCAUCUAUAGUUGAGUUUGCCAUUGACCCAACUUUUGUGUAUGGAAGUAGAUAGGAAUGACCUAUAGUUUAGUUGUUGUGAGCUUCUGUAAGUAUUAAACUUUGAUGGAUUUAAUAAUAAGAGGAGGGAUUUCAGAGGAAGUUCUAUAGAAAUUUUCAUAGUAAUAAUUUAAUUUUGGAGUA